GAGAAGUUCGGUUGACAAGCCGUAACCAGCAGAAGGUGACGAGUUUAAAAAAUUGGAUUAUUUGAUCGUGUGCUUGGAGUUUACGUCGCGGGAACGCUCGGAGUGUCCAUUAGAGGAGCAGGACCGCGUUUGGAUUUCCGUCACUUUUUUAAAAAGUCUCCCUCUCCCGUCUCGUUGAGGACUCGUAGGUCGUUGGACUCCCGAUGCUGGGCGACGGAGAGCUUCAGCAUGUUGCUACAGAGUUAAAGAAACCACAAGUUAACACGAGACGGGAAGAGGCUCUGUGCUGAGCUGAGCUGAGCUGUGCUAGCUGGCUACAUGUGCUAUGUGUGAAUUUGUAACUGGAGCUGACAGAGACCGAGAGCUUAUCGUUUUUAAUUUAUUUUUGAAGCAUAAUUAAUAUUAUUUUAAGUGCAAGAGCAGAACAAAUACAUUUCUACAAUAUGGUUUUACCCUAAUUUUCCCGGAAAACUAAUUUUAUUUAGGGAGGUUUCUGGUGUUAAUAUUGACACUUAUGUGGAUGAGAGUACAGACAGUGAUGGUUUUAAUUUGCAGCAGAUUGUCAAAGAAACUCGUAUAAAGUUGUUGGGGAAUGUGUUUGAGGUCGGUGCUGACUCUGAGUGAGUGAGGACUGAUGUUUGGACCCCUACAAUGCCCUGAUGGAGUUGUGUUGCUUAUCAUAAGUCUCUCUCUCUCAAACACACGCACACACACACACACACACACACACAGAGAUGGAUGGAUUUCCCUAUUGCACCCUUUCAUGAGCACAUCAUGAAAAGUUUCUGAAGUGACCCUUUGGAGCAUCCCUAAUUUAUAGGGGUUAGGUUAUUUCCCAUGUUGUGUUGCAUGCAUGUCCACAGAGGGUAUAAACAAGCAUAGCGUUAGUUUCGUUUAGAAAAGAAGAGAAAAAAAAAAAAAAACAACAGAAGAAGAAAAGCGAUUGAACCAGGAAGCCGGCGGAAAUGGCCGGGCAGAAGUGCACGUACAGCGCGCGCGACGCCGCGGAUGACACUUUGUGUCCCAGGGAGCGACAGGAACAUUUCCCUGGCUGCCUCCUCAGUGGCGCCUCCUCUUCCUCAUCCGCCUCUUCGUCGCCCUUCUUCGAGACCAUCGGCGGGUUGCUGUACCGUAAAAAGUUAGAGAAAGGCUGCGUGCAGUACCGCGAGGUGCUGGCAGAGGACAGGCGGCUGUACUCCAUCCAGGCUUUUCACGCGAGGACGCCCGGGAUCCCUCACCACACCCUGGAGGACACCUACCGGCUGGUCGCAGAGCACUACUGGUGGGAAGGAAUGUACUUUCAGGUCAGAGACUUUGUUCUGGGCUGUGAAGAAUGUCAUCUGAAACAGGCUGAAAAAGCACAGUGUUCAAGUUUGAGGAACAUGUCUAAGAUCAUUAAAUCACACAGUCAUGAAGUUCUGAGCAAGCUGAAUAGCCAGCGAGAAGCUGGACUGUUCUGUGACAUCACACUGAAAACUGGUAGUGGCCACUCGUUUGUUGCCCACAAGGCGGUGUUGGCAGCUGUGAGCGAGUAUUUCCAGGAACUAUUUACUGAAAUGGACUCCACCACUGAACCUCAGCCACAUGUUGACCUCACGGGUUUUAGUGAGGAGAGCUUACUUGCUUUGCUUGAGUUUUCCUACACGUCCACCCUGACUUUGAACUUGGGCACACUGACCGAGGUAGCAGCAAUGGCUCGCCACCUUCGCAUGUGGCCCGCUCUGGAGGCCUGUUUUGCUCUACAGCAUGAGCAAGACGAUGGACAUCAAUCCUCCAAACUGCUAAAUCCCUUGGGAACACCCUCUGUAAUGGCUGGGCUUUCCUCCAUAAAAUCCUUGAGAAAUCAAAGGUCCCUCUUAGGAAGGACGGCAGGGUUUAAAAGAAUAAGGGAGCAGGAACAAUUGGGACCCUCAGGGCCAUCCUAUUUCAGCACGUUGCAGAGCAGAUUACAUGUAGUAGAUGGGACUGAUGAAUCUGACAGUGAUCAAAGGUUACCUGCCCAGUGCCUACUCCAGACAGAGGAUAAUGGCUUUCCUUGCAGCCCAACUCGCAGGAUGAAACUUAUGGACUUUAAAUCUCCAUCCAGCAAAAGGAAAUUGUCUCCUCGCUCCUUAGCGUCAGUCAUCCAAACAUCUCCCUCUACUUCCACUCGAUCCUCCUCACCAUCCCGCCGACUGCUUCGCUCCACACCAGGAGCUGCACUAGCUCUGCGUAGGCUUCUACCCAAAAUUGACCUCUCUUCCAAGAGGAAGAGAAAGUCCCCCUCUUGUCAGCGGAUAUACAGGGUAAAGAGUGAUAUCUCUGUGCAACCUUCCCGAUCUCAGCCAAGUUCAGUUAUCACAGUGAAGGUGAAACAGGAGGCAGAGGAGGAUGAAGUGCACAGUGCUAUCCCGCAGGAUGAAGUGCACAGUCCUCGUGCUCAGGAAAAAUAUCGACUACUUAGUUUCCUUGGCUUGCAGCGGAAGUCCCUCGUGCCUGGUCCAGAAGAGCUCUCUGGCUGGGGGCAGAAAAAGAGACUUAGGAAGUUGAAAGUAAGUGACUACUCUCUGACAGUCCGACGCAAACCCCGUACACAAAGUCUAGGGGGAGUUGCCUCUGGCUUAGGAGGUUUAGUGGGAGUCAGCCCCUCUAUGUCCCUCUGUGACAUGACCAGAAUGGAUCUUCUAAAGAAAGUGAUAAAAGCAGAACCCCAUGUCACCACGGAUAAGAAAUUCAAACGGAAAAACUAUGCAGCUGGUCAAGUGGAGAAUUUGAGUGUUAGGACUACACGCAGCCAAUCAAUGAAGGAAGACUCAAGAGGAACUCUUAAUGAGCGGCCGUUAAGAAACCGUAGUAGCAGCCCAAACAAACCAUUACCUCGACCUCCAGGCAAGGGAAGGGUUAAAGCGCAAGGAGUCCAUGCCUCCCCAAAGAAAGCUACAACAAAGACAAAACAGGAACCCCAAGAGUAUGCCAUCUCACAAACUGCCCCCUCUCACAGUGGUAGCCGACGCAGUCGGGGACUCACAGUAGCCCCUUCUAAAGCCAGCGUAUCUGCUCGCAAGAGUGCUCCACCAGCAGACCGUUCUCUAAGAAUCACUACCACAGAAUCAAAACGCAUGCUGCGCUACAACGUUGGACGUUCGACCACAGACAAGCGCAAAGGUGCAAGACAAAACAAGUCAGUCCAGGAAAAGUCAAAACAAAUAAGUGGAGUGUGUAAAGCAAAUAGUGUCAGAGAGAACAAAAAAAAUACAGCACCCAGAAAGAGAACAGAGGACAAGGUGGCAGAUCUUCAGGGUACACGUGGUUGGGAUUUUUCCAAUACAAACCACGAGCACUACAAUAAUCCACUGUACAGGGUUAUAAAAGAAGAGCCAGCAGAUCCUCUCCCUCUGACUCAACCCUUUCUAAAUAGUGAUGCUUCUGACCUGGGUAAACGUCAAAGCAAACCACCCGUGAAACUCUUGGACCAAGGUUUUCUCUUCGGCCUUUGUCGACCAUCAGGUGGAAUCAAGAGGGAGGAGGAGAGUGUGGACAUCUGUUUGACUCGCUCAGUCUCUCACAGUAGUGCUUCCCAUAGCAACACAUCUCCAGGCAGUGUCAGAAGGGACCGGAUAAGAGCAAGGAUCACGCCAGAGGCAUCUGGGUUAAAUGGACCUCACUGGGCUGGGCUUGGCAGCAGGUCUACUUCCUCUUCUCAAAGGGUGCUUGUCCGAGUGAAGAAGGAAGAAGAAAAUAUAGAUGUUUCCCAGCAGUCAAAGACUAACAGGAGGUUUAUACAGCUCAGAGACAGCAAAGGGAGUUGUAAAGUUAAAAAAGAGGCACCAAAGACAAAGAAUGUAAACAAGUUGUAUCCCGUGAGCAGUCGGCGCACUGUUAUGCUGGAGUCCAUCCGACGUGCUCGCUUCAACCAGAAAAAGGGUCCUCGCAGUCAGUCCUCAGGCGGAGCCCACACGUGCCUGCAGUGUAGAGCGUCUUACAGAGACUGUGAUGGCCUCAUCAUGCACCGGAUUAGGCACAUUGAAGGCAAACAUUGGCCGUGUCCUUUGUGCAGUAAGACAUUCUUCAGACAAAAAAAUGUGAGAAACCACAUAAGGACACAUAAUCCCAAACUCUACAAAUGCCGUCAGUGCAUUGCUUCUUCUUAAGGUGGAGAACACUGGGAUAAAAUAGUGAAGACAAAGGCUGACUUUUUUUUCCCUUUUGUUUUUAAAUUAAAUUCUGUUUGGAAAUAUGAAACUGUAAAUGACCGAAUGUGUUACAUGAGAAUGAAGUUCAGUCUAUAGAUGUAAUUAUGGUUAUUGGUAAUUUGUGCUCUUUUUUUCCCAGUACAAUAAUAGUAAUUGUUUAUUUAAAUAACCAGACUAAAGAUGUUUUGCAGUUUAGAUAGAUGGGGAACUUGAACAAUUGAUGUUUCUCUCAGGGGAUGGAGCCUGAUGGUAAUGGCGAUAUUUGUAAAUGAGGAUUGUGUAGAAUGCUUUAAAAAGAUUACUACUAUUGUAAUUACUGCAAUUAUAAUAUUAUUGUUAUUACAUGUAUUUUUAUAAAUAGUAUAAUCUUGAGUGCACUUAAAAAGUAGCUUUGUUUUCAAACCUAAGAAUACUUGUCAAGUGGUCAGGUGAGAGUUCUGGGAUCUACUUGAAUGGGGGCCGAGGUGGAGCUUUCGAUCUUCCUUUGGCCCAAGGUAAUUUGAUAAUAAUAAAUUAGAAAGUGGACAGGACAGAGGUUACUGGCACUGAAUCAUUCUCUAAAUGAAGAGGGAGGGUUGAAAGAAAGAAGAUUUAUAGCUAUUGACUGUAAAUGAAAAUGCCUGUCUUUGCUUAUAUUUGCCAUCUUUAUCUUUACCAAGAGGCAGAUUUUAAAUCUGUUUUAAAAUAAGGGAAUCCCAACAGGUCUAAAUGUGACUUUUUACAAUGUCAAAUGUGUUUCCUGUAUAUUGCUGUUUUGGAAAUUUGUUUUUAAUGAGGCAAUUUAAUAUCUUCUCAGAUUGAGAGAUUUUUUUUUUAGAUCCAAAGCUUCCACAGGAUUUAAUGCAGUGAAGUUGUAUGAAGUUUAAAAUGUAGUGAUUUUAGUCUAAAACUACAAAUGUUUUCAAACUGUUAAAACAAUAUCAAUAUAAAUAAAUUUCGAAUUUUACUCUGCACCUGUGUGGCAAUAUUGUCAUACCACAAAAUAUAGUGAUGUCAUUUCACUAAUUAAGAGUCGAAGCACAUAAGAAAAUUGCGUCUUACUAUCUUUUUUUCUUUUUGUGUGUGUGAUUUGGACCUCUUUUGUAUUUCUGCUAAUCUGUGGUGUCUUUUAAUAUUUGUAACUUUUAAGUCUUUUGCAUUGAUGGAAUGAUGGGAUGUUACUAUAAGAUGUAAGCCAUGAGGAAGUGCAGCCCACUGUCACAACUUAUUUAAAAAUCCUGUUUACAUAUGCAUGACAUGCUUAUUGUAGCAAGAAGCAUGAAAUACAUGAAAAUGUAUGUGUACUAUCCUGCAUUAAAAAUAUGAUGUGGGCUGCAAAAUAGUCAGUUAUUUUAUCUUUUCCAAUAAAAUUUAGAAAAAUAAAAUGGAAAAUAAACAAUUAAAGGUUACAUGGAAGCCCAAAUUUAAAAGAUCUUUAUGUGAGAGCUGCUUGGUAAUUUGCAUUUAACUAACAAGCACUUUUAUGCCCAUUUUAUUACUUUUAACUUCAUGCAUGUUGACUGGACAUGACUUUUAUUUUAUUUAGACUGUAGAUGGUUAGUUGUAGUUAAUUAAAAGUGAGUGAUGU